GCCAAUCUCUUCUCCCAGGGAAGGAGGAAAAAAAAAAAAAAAAAAAAAAAAAAAGUAAAUCAAACGUUUGGGAAGCAUUUGGUGGAUGAAGUGCUUUCUGUCUAGUGAGGGUCCCAGGAUGUCUAGCUUCUGAUACUAAGGAGCCCUUUCAGAUCCAGGGACUGAAGGGUUAUUACUGUGGUGCUAGAGCUAUGCAGCUGGAGCAUUGUCUUUCUCCCUCUAUCAUGCUCUCCAAGAAAUUUCUCAAUGUGAGCAGCAGUUACCCACAUGCAGGCGGAUCUGAGCUUGCCUUGCAUGAUCAUCCCAUUAUCUCGACCACUGACAACCUGGAGAGAAGUUCACCUUUGAAAAAAAUUACCAGGGGGAUGACGAAUCAGUCAGAUACAGACAAUUUUCCUGACUCCAAGGACACACCAGGGGACGUCCAGAGAAAUAAACUCUCUCCCGUCUUGGACGGGGUCUCUGAGCUUCGUCACAGUUUCGAUGGAUCUGCUGCAGAUCGCUAUCUGCUCUCUCAGUCCAGCCAGCCCCAGUCUGCUGCCUCUGCUCCUAGUACCAUGUUCCCUUACCCCAGCCAGCAUGGACCUGCUCACCCAGCCUUCUCCAUCGCCAGCCCCAGCCGCUACAUGGCUCACCAUCCUGUGAUCACCAACGGAGCUUAUAACAGCCUCCUGUCCAACUCUUCUCCGCAAGGCUACCCCACGGCGGGCUACCCUUACCCCCAGCAGUAUGGCCAUUCCUACCAAGGGGCACCUUUCUACCAGUUCUCCUCCACCCAGCCGGGGCUAGUUCCCGGCAAGGCUCAGGUCUACCUGUGCAACAGGCCACUCUGGCUGAAAUUUCACCGGCACCAGACGGAGAUGAUCAUCACGAAGCAGGGGAGGCGAAUGUUCCCUUUCCUAAGUUUUAAUAUUUCUGGUCUCGACCCCACGGCUCACUACAAUAUUUUUGUGGAUGUAAUUUUGGCGGAUCCCAACCACUGGAGAUUUCAGGGAGGCAAAUGGGUUCCUUGCGGCAAGGCGGACACCAAUGUACAAGGCAACCGGGUGUACAUGCACCCCGACUCCCCCAACACGGGAGCCCACUGGAUGCGCCAGGAAAUCUCCUUUGGGAAACUAAAACUUACAAACAAUAAAGGAGCAUCAAACAACAACGGGCAGAUGGUGGUUUUGCAGUCCCUCCACAAGUACCAGCCCCGCUUGCAUGUGGUGGAGGUGAACGAAGACGGGACGGAGGACACCAACCAGCCGGGCAGAGUGCAGACCUUCACCUUCCCCGAGACGCAGUUCAUAGCAGUCACCGCCUACCAGAACACCGAUAUCACACAGCUGAAAAUAGACCACAACCCCUUCGCAAAAGGCUUCCGAGACAAUUAUGACACGAUCUACACGGGCUGCGACAUGGACCGGCUGACGCCUUCCCCCAACGACUCGCCCCGCUCGCAGAUCGUGCCCGGGGCCCGCUACGCCAUGGCCGGCUCCUUCCUCCAGGACCAGUUCGUGAGUAACUACGCCAAGUCCCGCUUCCACCCCGGGGCAGGAGCCGGCCCGGGGCCCGGCGCCGACCGCAGCGUGCCCCACACCAACGGGCUGCUCUCCCCACAGCAAGCCGAGGACCCGGGGGCCCCCUCGCCGCAGCGCUGGUUCGUCGCCCCCGCCAACAACCGCCUCGACUUCGCCGCCUCCGCCUACGACACGGCCACCGACUUCGCCGGCAACGCGGCCACGCUGCUUUCCUACGCGGCCGCCGGCGUCAAGGCGCUGCCCCUGCAGGCGGCCGGCUGCGCAGGGCGGCCGCUGGGCUACUACGCCGACCCCUCGGGCUGGGGAGCCCGCAGCCCCCCGCAGUACUGCAGCAAGUCGGGCUCCGUGCUCUCCUGCUGGCCCAACAGCGCGGCGGCGGCGCGCAUGGCCGCCGGCAACCCCUACCUGGGGGAGGAGGCGGAGAGCCUGGCCCCCGAGCGGUCCCCCUUGCCGGGCGCCGAGGACUCCAAGCCCAAAGAUUUGUCCGACUCCAGCUGGAUCGAGACGCCGUCGUCCAUUAAGUCCAUCGACUCCACCGAUUCUGGGAUUUACGAGCAGGCCAAAAGGAGGCGAAUCUCCCCCUCGGACACCCCAGUGUCCGAGAGCUCCUCGCCCCUCAAGAGCGAGGUGCUCACCCAGCGGGACUGCGAAAAGACCUGCGCCAAGGACAUCGGCUACUACGGCUUCUACUCGCACAGCUAGGCGCGGCCCGCCCGGCCCCGCCGUCCUUUUGCACAAUAACUCCUCCGCGCUAGCGCACUGACCCCCGCCCCUAGCUGACCCAUCCGCACCCCCGGCCCGGCCCGGCCCGGCCCCGGCCCCGGCCCCGGCCCGGCAGGCAGGCAGGGAGGCAGAGC